GACAUUUUCUCUUAAACUCGCCUUUGCCUUAUCACUGUGAUCUCAAUUUUAUUACAAAUUUCUCUCCUGAAAGUGUUAUUUUCGAGGUAUAAUCACGUCGAACAAUGUAAAUGCAUGAGUCAUGCGCGUUCAGUUAUGAUUCGGCCAUGUUCCUCGAUGUAUAUUGUUAAAGUGUCGAAGUAAAUUUUGUUGUUUUCGAGGGAAAUUCGCACAGUUCCGGCCUAAAAAUGGCAGGAAACACUGGAAUGGAGCAGCUUAUUCCCAUCGUGAAUAAGCUGCAAGAUGCUUUCACCCACCUGGGGGUGCACAUGACUCUGGAUCUGCCCCAAAUCGCCGUAGUGGGCGGACAGUCGGCUGGGAAAAGCUCCGUUUUGGAGAAUUUCGUCGGAAAAGACUUCCUUCCGAGAGGAUCCGGGAUUGUCACCAGGAGGCCCCUUAUUUUACAAUUGAUUAAUUCCAAUUCGGAAUAUGCCGAAUUUCUCCAUUGUAAGGGCAAAAAAUUCGUCGAUUUUGACGAAGUCCGUCGCGAAAUCGAAUCGGAAACGGAUCGAGUUACCGGAAGCAACAAAGGAAUAUCGAAUAUUCCCAUCAACUUGAGAGUGUACUCACCCCAUGUGUUAAAUUUAACUUUGAUUGAUUUGCCGGGUCUGACCAAAGUCCCCAUUGGCGACCAACCCCUCGACAUCGAACAGCAAAUCAAAGGAAUGAUAAUGCAGUUUAUCAAACGCGAAUCGUGCCUCAUCUUGGCUGUAACACCUGCCAACACCGAUUUGGCCAAUUCGGAUGCUCUCAAAUUGGCCAAAGAGGUCGAUCCUCAAGGGCUUCGGACUAUUGGUGUUAUCACGAAACUCGAUUUGAUGGAUGAAGGUACCGACGCUCGGGAUGUUCUAGAAAAUAAGCUAUUGCCUUUGAGAAGAGGCUACAUAGGUGUGGUGAAUCGGUCGCAGAAGGAUAUCGACGGAAGGAAGGAUAUUAAGGCGGCGAUGGCGGCUGAAAGGCAGUUCUUUUUAUCUCAUCCCUCGUAUAGGCAUCUUGCUGAUAGGUUGGGGACGCCCUAUCUGCAAAGGGUGUUAAAUCAGCAAUUGACCAAUCAUAUAAGAGAUACGUUACCGGGGUUGAGGGACAAGUUGCAGAAACAAUUGUUAACGUUGGAGAAGGAUGUCGAGCAGUUUAAGCAUUUUAGGCCCGACGAUCCGGCGAUCAAGACCAAGGCGAUGUUACAGAUGAUCCAGCAACUCCAGACCGACUUCGAGCGCACCAUCGAGGGCUCCGGUUCGGCACAAAUCAACACGAUGGAACUGUCUGGUGGUGCAAAAAUCAAUCGAUUGUUCCACGAACGUUUCCCUUUUGAAAUCGUCAAAAUGGAAUUCGACGAGAAGGAAUUGCGACGAGAAAUUGCUUUUGCAAUCCGUAAUAUUCACGGUAUUAGAGUGGGGCUUUUCACUCCUGAUAUGGCUUUUGAAGCCAUCGUCAAGAAACAAAUCGCUCGAUUGAAAGAACCGUCAUUAAAAUGUGUCGAUUUGGUGGUUACCGAAUUGUCAAAUGUUGUACGCGUGUGUACUGAUAAAAUGUCGCGCUAUCCGCGACUGAGAGAGGAAGCCGAGAGAAUCAUUACAACUCAUAUCAGACAAAGAGAGCAAUAUUGUAAAGAACAGUUGUGCUUACUUAUCGACUGCGAACUGGCUUAUAUGAAUACGAAUCACGAGGACUUUAUCGGUUUUGCUAAUGCUCAAAACCAGUCAGAGAACGCUUCCAAGACCGGGUCACGUGGCACUUUGGGUAAUCAGGUAAUCCGAAAAGGCUACAUGUGCAUCCACAAUUUGGGUAUAAUGAAAGGCGGAUCACGUGACUAUUGGUUCGUUCUCACUUCGGAGAAUAUCUCCUGGUAUAAGGAUGAAGAAGAACGCGAAAAGAAAUACAUGUUGCCAUUGGAUGGCUUGAAAUUGAGAGAUAUAGAACAGGGAUUUAUGUCACGCAGACAUAUGUUUGCGUUGUUUAAUCCCGAUGGACGAAAUGUCUACAAGGAUUACAAGCAACUCGAAUUGAGUUGUGAAACUUUGGAUGAAGUCGAUUCGUGGAAAGCGUCGUUUUUAAGAGCGGGGGUUUACCCGGAAAAGCAAACGGAACAAGUGAACGGCGAAGAGGAACAGGAGUCAAGUAUCGAGGCCGGCGGCGAGAACGUGAGCAGUUCCAUGGACCCCCAGCUCGAACGUCAAGUCGAAACAAUUCGAAAUUUGGUUGACAGUUACAUGCGAAUCGUCACAAAAACGACCCGAGAUCUAGUACCGAAAACAAUAAUGUACAUGAUUAUAAACCACACCAAAGACUUCAUAAAUGGCGAACUUUUAGCCCACAUUUAUGCCAGUGGCGACCAGUCACAAAUGAUGGAAGAAGCCCCUGAAGAGGCCCAAAAACGCGAAGAAAUGCUUCGUAUGUAUCACGCAUGCAAGGAGGCAUUGCACAUCAUUGGUGAUGUUUCGAUGGCAACCGUCUCCACCCCCGUUCCGCCCCCUGUGAAAAACGAUUGGCUGGCGAGUGGACUCGAAAAUCCGCGUUUGUCACCGCCGAGUCCAGGCGGGCCUCGGAAGACCGCUCCCAAUAUGGGUCAAGUUGGCAGCACUGGUUCGCUAGGUUCGAGGGCUCCACCGCCGCCCCCUAGUUCCGGUAGGCCGGCACCCGCUAUUCCCAACCGCCCCGGAGGCGGAGCACCUCCCAUGCCCCCUGGCAGGCCCCAAGGACAAGCCUUGCCGGCACCGCUCGUCCCCACUCGAAUUGGGGGCCAAGGACCGCAAGGGGGCGUUCAAGUGCCCCCUCAGGUGCAGAUGGCAGUUGGACGCGCUGUUACCAAUGCUGCUAUCAACGAACUCUCCAAUGCCUUCAAGUUCCAUAAUCGGCCAGUUCCAAACAUACCUCCAAGAAUACCAGAUAGGCCAAAUCCGGGACGACCAAAUUAAGUUCUAGUCAAAAUUGAAACGAUGGGACCAACGAGGUUAUAAUUUAGAAACAAUUGAUUUGUGAUUGUUGAAGACUUGGCGCUUUUUUUCAGUACAAUGACAGUAAUUUGUACCUAGUCUAAUGUAUAGUAUUAUUCCCAGUCCCACUUAGCCCCCCCUCUAAAUUAAUUUUGUAAGUUUUGUUGUACAUAUCUGUAUUCACUUAUUUGUAAUAUAUUGUUUAUUUUUA